AUGGCUGGGGUACAGCUUCUGCUCUCCUACACCUGCUCCUACAUCUGCACCUGCACCCGACGCCUUCCUCAUCCUGACAGAGUAGGAUACGAAGAUUGUUUUGUUGAGGACGGGUUUCUCUUUGUGGUCAUGGAGUUUGCAAGUGGAGGAUGUUUGGAGAAUUACACUGAGCCAAUGACACCGCAGCUUCAUAUCAACAAUAUCUACAGUAUUUUCAUUCAGUGUGCAUUGGCACUUGCUUACUUACAUUCUAAGGUUGGAAAGGGGAUUGUACAUCGAGACUUCAAACCUGCCAACGUGUUUCUGCGAAAUAUCGAUUGCGUCAAGGUUGGAGAUCUUGGGGAAGGAUGGUUGAGAGAUGCGAACUACAAGGACCCGCACCAACGAUGGACGGAUGAUCCGACGCAGAAAGGAAGGAUUGUCGGCACUCCAUACUAUCUCGCACCGGAGUGUUGGCUGGUAGGUCAUGAUAAGAAAAAUGCUCUGGUUAAUGAAACGAAGGCUCUGGGAGUCACUUUGUAUGAGUUGUGCACAAAGACAAGACCAUUUCAAGCAAAGAAUGUGUCCAAGUUGGCAAUGUGCAUCUGCAAGAAUUCGUUUGCUAAGUUGUCAACCGUGAUUGAAAGUGUCUUCGACGAUGUUCUUGAAACGCUGAUCACGAAACUGCUGGAAAAAGAUCCAGGGGCGAGACUGUCUUGCCAGCAGGAGUGGAGUGCUGUGGUUGAAGAGAAUGCUGUGUUGGUGGAGGCUCUUCCUCCGAGCAGUUUUCUACUUCAGUGGGGACUUCGUUCCUGGAGACCUCAGAUCUCUGUCGGGCGACAUCACAUUGCUGGUGUCUCGAUGGAAGGAGAGUUGUUCACUUGGAGCCUGAGGACUGGGCAUGUCGGGAGUGAUGAUUUGCAUGUUGGUCUUGGACACGGAUCAAGUGUGAAAGCGUUCAGAAAUCCUCACAUGAUCAGAGCUUUUCUCAACGAAGAAGGAGAAACCAUGCUCAUGGACUCUUAUGAACAUGUUUUCACUGCGGUUGCUUGUGGCGACAGGUUUACGAUAGCAGUCACUGCUCGUGGAAGGAUGUUCACUUGGGGUCUCAACACUUGUGGUCAGAUCUUGAGACCUCAGCAAAUCAGAGUUGUAAGAGAAAGAGGGAAAGGAAACGAACUUGAAACAAGAAAUCAAGAGAGCAUCUUCGUUCUUGAUGUUGCUGCUGGACCAGAACAUGCAAUGAUGUUAGCAGACAAUGGGUUUGUGUACACCUGGGGAUCAGGCGAUUCAGGUCGACUCGGGCAUGGGAAUGAAGCUAUGGUGUCGCGCCCGACGCAAGUUUGGAGGACGAUGAACAGCACGAGGAGCGAGGAACUAGGGCUUAGCUGUGAAGCAACACAUGUUGCGUGCGGGGAAGCACAUUCGAUGGCGAUGACAGUCGAAGGUUUUCUUUACGUGUGGGGAUGUAUGGAGGGAGGGAGGCUCGGACUGAUAUCGGCUAAGGUGGAUGGCGACUUCAUCGCUGAUGUUGAUUGGAAAUCUUACAACCUACAGGAGCGGAUUUUUCUUGCUUCCUUCUCAUUCAACUUUGAUAGGGUUGUGGAUGCGGCAGCAGGAGUGCGGCAUAAUACCAUCAUCACAAAAGAUCGCGAUGAUGAGAAUGAAGGAGCAGGCACAGACAAUGAUGUAGACUUGGAGCAAGGAGAUGGGAACAAACAAGCGGGAUGCACUUCUUUCUUGUAUUGGUGGGGAGAAAACGUCGGGAACGAAGACAACCUUGUUGUUGUGGAUGAUAAAGACAAGGACGUUCGAAAUCGAGAUGAACGAUUUUACGAUGAUGAUGACGACGACGAGUUUUAUCGACAUGUUUCAGAGCGGACUGAUGUGGCUACGGUUGCUGCGGGAGAGAGUUUUUCUUGCGCCAUUACAGAUGAUGGGAAACUCUACACCUGGGGACUAGCGACAUCUGGACAACUUGGAUAUCACGCGCGAGCAGCGGACACAGACCAGCUGUUGUUCUCGUCCAAACCACGUCGAGUCAGCAUGCCCAUGGACCUCUCCAUUACGCAUGUUUCCUGCGGCGCGCAGAUCUGCUUCGCUGUUGGAACUCCAUCGACGGAUGCAGCACGAGCUGUGCUCGAGCGCAACCUGAGUACUACUCUUGAGGACAACGACAGAAGCCUCGCAAUGGGCCGAGAGUUUGCGGCGCUUGCGAUCUAA